AUGCUUGACGAUCCAACGAACAUCAGACUCCCCAGCAUCAGCGAGUGGAUGCCUGGCAAAAGAGCCAUUGGGUACACGCACAAAGGCCUACUAUACAGCACAGGCGCAGGUCACCCAGAUACGAAACAGACAUUCACCACAACUCCCCGACGCCCGCAUCCCUCCCUUGAGGGCAAGAGCGGACUCCUCGACUUCGUCGGGAGGGCCGCCCUCGAGGAGCUCGCCCACCAAUGCGCAGCGGCCGCUGUCCCCCGCCUAUAA